AUGGCGUCCGCCAGUUCGGCCUCUCACAAUAAUAGUAGUAAUAACGCCGGAACCAACUCCAACACGGAAAGCAAUGAAAAUGAAGAUAGUGCUCAAGCAAAUUUCGAAUGCAACAUAUGUCUGGAUACAGCCAAAGAUGCAGUAGUUAGUUUCUGUGGUCACUUGUUUUGCUGGCCUUGCUUACACACGUGGCUAGAAACAAGGCCUAAUAAUAAAGUUUGUCCGGUAUGUAAAGCAGCUAUCAGUCGCGAUAAAGUCAUUCCGUUAUAUGGUCGUGGUUGCGCCAAUCAAGACCCUAGAGAGAAAACUCCUCCAAGGCCGUCAGGAAUUAGGUCUGAGCCUGAAAAUCAAGGGCCAUUUCAAAAUUUUUGGGGUGAUAACUUUCAGGUUUCUUUCGGGAUUGGCGCCUUUCCGUUUGGUUACUUUUCAACGAACUUUGGAACAAAUCAUGGAGCAGACCAACAACGUCCCCAAACAGAACAGGAGCAGAAUGAGCGAUUUUUAUCAGAAGUUUUCUUUAUGGUUGUUCUUAUUUCGUUUUUCUUUCUCAUGCUUGCCUAA